CCGCUUGUGCUGUCCCGUGGCAGACUGCUGCUGGCUUGCAAGACGGACUCCGCAUGACUCCUCGGGGCAGUGCGGCGUAGGAGCUGUCGGUGCUGGAGCUUCUUCUUCUGCUGCUGCUGGUGGUGCUCGGUGGCGGUGGUGGUGGUGGUGGAACACCGGCUGAAGGAUCAGUGGGAGCAACCACAACAGCAGCAGCUGGUGGUGGUGCUGCCCGUGCUGGUGGUGGUGUUGUCACCACAGGUGAUUGGUGGUGGUGGAACAGCGGAGGAGAGAUCGGCGCAAGCGGCAGCGGCAGGUGGAAGAGGCGGUGUUGGUGCUGGUGUUGUUGCUGCUGCUGGUGGUGGUCUUUGCUGCUGGUAGUGGUGCUACUGGUGGUGGUGCUGCUGGUGGCUGAGGAGCAUCACCAGGGGGAAGGGGGGGAGGUGGAGGAGGAGGUGGAGGAGGAGGAGGGGAGAUAGCUGCAGCUGCUUCGGCGGCGGUGGUGGUGGUGGUGAGCGGCAGGAGCAGGAGGAGGGUGUUCCAGCCCUCGGAGGUCGGCGAGGGCAGAUGCCGUGUUGUUGGCGGCCGCGCUUUCGGCUCGGGCUGGACGUCGGCCGGAGCGCCCUGGGGCCCGCCUCGGGAAAUGUCCGCUUCGACGAGCGGCUCGGCGCCUAACCCCGCCGCCGGCCCGGACGCGUACGACAGCGGCGAUGACUGGGAGAUCGGCGUCGGCGAUCUGAUCAUCGACCUGGACGCAGACCUCGAGAAGGAUCGGCAGAAGAUGGAGCUCAAGCCUCACGGGGCCAAGCACGAAGCGCUGGCGGCCACGGCCACCCCGGCGGUGGCGGCGCUAGCGGCGGGGAACGCCUCCACGGCCACACCGGUGGCCGCGGUGGCGCGCGGCCUCGGAAAGUUCAGCGCCUCCGGACAGAGCCCCAAGGAGAUGGGGGCCACCGCGAACAACGCCGCCGGCGCCACCGCCACCGGCGGCGGCGGAAGCGGCAGCAGCAAGAGCAAGUCCAAACGGAGCAAGGCCUCCAAGGAGAACGGAAAGUCCCCACCGGUGCUGGUGGCCACAGGGCCGCCGCCGGCGCCGCUCGGCAACGGGGUGGCCGAGAAGCCGGAGCCGGGCCACGGGGGGCCCUCGGCCCGGCCGCCCCCGGCCGGCGCCUCCUCCGCCGCUGGGCCGCAGGCGCCGUCGGUCGCGGCCUCCGGCCCGGCCUCGGCGGCGACGGCGGCGACGGCGGUGGCCGCCGCUUCGCCGGCCUCCGCCCGGGCCAAGGAGGAGAGCCGGUCUCCCGCCAAGAGCCGCAGCGGCUCCAAGAAGAGCGGGAGGGACCACCAGCCCGGGGCCUGCGCCGUCAAGGGCAAGAAGGAUGGCAAGAAGCACGGCCCCGCCGCCCUGGGCCAGAAGGGUCCCGGGGCCGCCGGAGGAUUCCCCGGCGGUCUGGGCCCCUUUGGAUUAAGUGUCAAGGGAAGCCCCUUUCACUUUGUGUUCCAAGGCACGGCCGAUGCCAAGAAGGACUGCGCGGGCCCCAAUUGCGUGAGCGAGACCCCCGCCGGAGGAGGGGCCGUGGGGCCCAGGGCCAUGGAGGGGAGACGGGAGGUGAAGGACGUGGCCGGUGGUGGUGGUGGUGGAGGAGCAGGAGCAUCUUCGCCAGCGUCCAAACGGAUUAAAACCGAAAAGGUAUGGAACGGACGAGCGAGCGCGCCAAAAAUCGCCGCGUCGUUUCUGUCUUGUCUGUCGUCACGUGGAUCGGUUUAUUGAUUUGAUGUGCUGCUUGAUUGCUUGAUUGAUGGGCUGCUUGAUUGAUGGGUUGCACUAGUUAACGGAAUCGGCGCUCCGUUGCGAGUUCUCUCCCAGUUGACGGUGAUCCCCGCGUUAAACCGAUUGGCCGCUGCUCGCGGGGAGAGGAGAGAGAGAGAGCGAGCCAGAGAC